UAUCGUCGCGGUCCCCGCAAUCGCACAGUCAGUAAAACGUAAAUACAAAUUUUUUCGUGUCUAAAAAUCCGGAUACAUUUUUUAAAAAUACAUAUAUAUUUAAACAUUACCACACAUUAAAUUUAUAUAUAUAUAUAUAUUAUAAAUAUAUAUAAAUAUUUAUUUUAAUUACCAAGUAAAUUUUUUUUUUUAAAUUUAAAUUAAAAUUUUUUUACUGAUAGCGUAAUUUAAAAAAUAUAGUAAUAGUAAAGAAAGGGAAGUUGUUUUGACGAAUUGGCGCGGAAGUGGCUACAAGUUUAGUGCUGGGGAAAGGCAAAAAAAAAGAGAGAGAUAAAAAUAAAGAAAGAUAUAUAGGAUAAUAAAAAAUAAAUAAGGAGUAAAGUGCGUCGUCGAUCGCGCGAUUUCAAGCGUUUCUCUGCGCUAUAUAUAUAUAUGUAUGUAUAUGUAUAUGUAUAUAUAUUUUUUUUAUUAAUUGAGUGAUACGAAAAAUAAUAUAUGAAGUUUAGUGCAUGGGUUUGUAAUAUGCGGUGAUAUUUAAAAAUAAAAAUAAAACUUAGAUCAGUUAUGCGGAAGAAAUCUUAUCGGUUCUAUUGACAGUUGACAGUUUUUUGAGUGCGGGAUAAAAGUGUUGAGGUCAAAGGAACAAAAGUGUAGUAAAGUUUAAAAAAAAGUUUUUAGUUUAUAUAUAUUUAUAUUUAUGUUAAUUUUUAAUAAUAUAUAUAAUGAUGUGCUAAACAUCAUUCCGAUUUGUGGAUUGGAUUACCAUGCUGGACGCGGCCACAUGUCACAGGUGGCUGCAGUUAGACGUUAAGUCUAUUCCCGAGCCAGAAAACAAUUGGCCAAGAUAUGUACUCGAAAUAGCUAAAAGAAUAAAAUCAUCUUCUUGUAGAAGACAACCUGUCAUGUUGUUCAGGUGAGCAGAAGGGAGGCGCUGACCGGUGGCGGCGGCGGCCAUGCGCCCCGGCCCGCCAUCACCGAGCCGCCGCAGGCCUCCCCGUCGCCAGAAGCAUUUGCCUGACUACUCAAGGAUCCAUCAUCAUCAUCACCAUCAUUAUCAUCAUCGUCAUCACCACCCGUACCAUCAUCAUCACCAUCAUCAACACCGUCUUCAGUACCGUAAUCAAGUAUCAGGUGGUCGACAAAGCGCAAAAGCUAUUUUGCUUCUGUUGCUACUGGUGUUUGAUUCCUGUGUUGCUCUAGUGGAUACAGAUGGCUUUGGAGAAUAUUCGAAAAAUCGUACACUGCCGCCCACACCGAUCUCCACCAUGUCAACCGGCCUGUCUUUGCAAUCAGAUGCUGCAGUUUAUCCGAAACCGAUUGCCAGUCGGAAGCCGCAGAACCUCACCGUUGGGUAUCUGACUGCUAUCAAGGGUGGACUCAAAGAAAGACAGGGGUUAGCAAUAUCUGGGGCUAUGUCUAUGGCUAUUGAUGAGAUUAAUAAUGAUCCAAAUAUUUUACCAAAUGUAAGGCUGGUGAUGCGAUGGAACGACACAAAGGGAGAAACAGUCGAGGCAACCAAGGCGAUGAUCGACAUGAUUUGCGAAGGAGUCGCGGCUUUUUUUGGACCAGAAGGAAAUUGUUUCGUUGAGGCAACUGUUGCUCAGUCAAGGAACAUUCCUAUGAUUAGUUAUAAAUGUUCCGACUACAAAGCUUCAUCGGUGCCAACUUUUGCAAGAACAGAACCACCAGACAUACAGGCGUCUAAAUCAGUGAUUGCACUUUUACUACACUAUGGAUGGACAAAAUUUUCAAUCAUAACUGAGAAAGAUUGGUCGACAGUAGCGGAAUCAUUGCAGAAACAGGCAAUUUCUAAUAAUUUGACAAUAAAUCAUUACAAAAUGGUUGAAGACCGACAUAAGUGUUGUGAAGAAAAACUUGUUUGCUGUCAGAAUGUCUGGUUUCAAUUGAUUCAAGAAACAAAAAAUAUGACAAGAAUUUAUGUAUUUAUGGGUACGUCACCAUCACUCAUUGAAUUAAUGUAUGCGAUGCAGAAUCAACGAUUAUUGGACAAUGGCGAGUACAUGGUGAUCCAUGUUGACAUGAUGACGUAUUCACAGAAAGAAGCAAGCAAGUACUUAUGGAAACCAAACGACUUGAAUACUCUGAAAAAUUGUCUGGACAUAAAAGAUUUUCUGAAGCGCGCACGGUCACUUCUAGUGGUAGCUCUGACUCCGCCAAUUCAAAGUUAUGAAAAUUUUACCGAAAAAGUUCGCGAGUACACAAGCAAAGAGCCAUUUAAUUUUUUCAUACCCGACUUAUUUAACUAUUCAAAUUUUGAAAAAUAUGUGUCUAUUUACGCGGCAUAUUUGUAUGACUCUGUAAAACUAUAUGCGACUGCACUUGACCAAUUGUUGCGCGAACAGCCAGAUCGUACGCUCGAAGAAAUAGCCAGCAAUGGCACCCAAAUUAUCGAAACGAUAAUACGGAGGCAUACUUAUCAAAGCGUCAGUGGACAGACAAUAAAACUUGACAAACAUGGCGACUCGGAAGGUAAUUUUUCAGUCCUUGCGCUCAAAAAAGAACAUUUUCAUUUUGUUGCCAGUCUGAAUUCAUUACCUGUCAAUUUUUCCUGUGAAUAUCAAAUGAAACCUGUGGGAUUAUUUCAACAGGGUGAAGCUCUAGUAUACAGGCCAUCGGAGUCGAUGGAAUGGCCUGGGAAAAAUAAGCCAGAAGCUGAACCCGGUUGUGGUUUUCUUAAUGAACAUUGUCCUAAAGAUGAUACUCAUGGGCACAGUAUUAUUGCAGCUGCAAUACUCGCUAUUAUUUUAUUCUGCGUUGCUGUAAUAACAAUGAGUAUAUACAGACGGUGGAAAAUUGAACAGGAAAUAGAAGGUCUUUUGUGGAAAAUAGAUCCUAGUGAUAUACACGGUUAUCCUCAUCUUGAUAAUCUCAUGUCUUCACCUAGUAAAUUAAGUUUAGUUAGCGCGAUGUCUUAUGAAUCAAGAUGUGGUGGUCAAGUAUUUGCACAAACGGGGCAUUAUCAUGGAGUUGUUGUAAGAAUAAAAGAACUUAAAUUUACCAAGAAAAAAGAUGUAUCACGUGAUGUAAUGAAAGAAAUGCGUGUAUUACGUGAAAUAAGACACGGUAAUCUUAAUUCAUUUAUCGGUGCUUGUGUUGAACCGACAAGAAUAUUAUUAAUUACCGACUAUUGUGCCAAAGGAAGUCUUUACGAUAUAAUUGAAAAUGAAGAUAUUAAGUUAGAUGAUAUGUUCAUUGCAUCAUUAGUUCAUGAUCUCAUUAAGGGUAUGCUGUAUAUUCACGAAUCGUCCGUGCUAGUCUGUCAUGGUAAUUUAAAGUCUUCAAAUUGUGUUGUUACUUCCCGAUGGGUACUUCAAGUUUCGGAUUUUGGUCUUCAUGAUAUGCGGCAUUGUGCCGAAUCUGAAAGUAUUGGCGAACAUCAGUAUAAUCGAAAUUUAUUUUGGAAAGCACCAGAAUUGCUAAGAGAUCCCAAUGCACCUAUCAGAGGUACACAGGAAGGUGAUAUUUACUCUUUUGCCAUAAUACUUUUUGAAAUAGUCGGUAGAAAAGGACCAUUCGGAGGAGUUAGUUUGGAACCCAAAGAAAUAAUAGACAGAGUAAAAAAAUACCCAGAAGAUGGCGAGCUGCCAUUUAGACCCAACACCGAAAUCCUAUCGGAAUCCGACGCCGAUUGUCCGGACUACGUUGUAAACACGAUAACAGACUGCUGGGCAGAGUGUCCAGAAUUGCGACCAGAUUUCAAGACAAUCAGAACGCGUUUAAAGAAAAUGAAAGCGGGUAGACACCGUAAUAUUAUGGAUCAAAUGAUGGACAUGAUGGAGAAGUAUGCCAACAACCUCGAGGAUCUAGUCAGUGAGCGUACGCGCCUUCUCUUCGAGGAGAAACAAAAAACCGAGGAUCUACUUCAUAGAAUGUUACCUGAACCUGUUGCUAAUUGUUUGACCAAUGGAAUUGGUGUUGAACCAGAAGCUUUUGAUUCAGUAACUAUUUAUUUCAGUGAUAUUGUUGGAUUUACAGCCAUGUCUGCUGAAAGUACUCCGUUCCAGGUUGUCAAUUUUCUUAAUGAUUUAUAUACAUUAUUUGAUCGCAUAAUUAAAGGAUAUGACGUUUAUAAAGUUGAAACUAUUGGUGACGCAUAUAUGGUGGUAUCGGGAUUGCCAUUAAAAAACGGGAACAAACAUGCAGGUGAAAUAGCGUCAAUGUCACUAGAACUUCUCAACGCAGUAAAACAUCAUACGAUUGCUCAUCGGCCAAGUGAUACAUUAAAAUUACGAAUAGGAAUUCAUACUGGCCCCGUAGUCGCGGGAGUUGUAGGUCUGACGAUGCCACGUUAUUGUCUUUUUGGAGAUACAGUGAAUACAGCAUCUCGUAUGGAAUCAACAGGUGAACCUUUACGGAUACACAUAAGUGCGCAAUGUAAAGACGUCUUAGACAAAAUUGGUGGCUAUAAUAUCGAAGAACGAGGUCUUGUGCACAUGAAAGGAAAAGGUGACGUUAAAACCUACUGGUUAGUUGGUGCCAAUGAGAAGGCUAUACAAAAGCGUGAGGUGGACAUAAAUGAUUUGCCUCCACUAUUCUGUCGUCCAAGACGAAGUCCAAAAUUGAAUCCCGACUCACGUCAGCCAUCACUCCUCGGAGGACUCGGUGCCGGCAGCAGAAGACAGUCCAGUGUCCCCCGUCCUACCGAAGACUCAGUCUCCCAAUGCGGUAACUCAAGCCCCGUACCUCGUGCAGUCCGCCUCGGAAAAUUCAUCCUCGACAAUAUUUCAAAAAGCACCCACGUCAACACGAGCGUCACAGAACAAGCCGACUUACGCGCCGCUAACAUAAAACUUGCCCUCGAUGAUUUAUUUCUAGACACUAAAGACCAUAAAAAUCCACGUGUGUUGUCAACAAUAGCCUCGUCAUCAACAACAAGCGACUAUCCAUCUCAACUAAUACGAGAAACCCGUUCGCUAGAUCCAUUCCCACUUGCACUAGUGAGGAACGAGUCGUUACGUUUAAGUUGUAAAGAUUUUAAAAAAUUAUGUCGGUCACUAGAAAAUUGUGACAAGUGCACCAGUGGUACGCAAGAUGAUAUCACCGAUAAAGUUAUCAAUAAUAAUUAUCCCAAUGGUGAUUUGCUAAUGGUAUCAUCCCGCAAUGAUCACCAUCAUCAUCAUCAUCAUCAUCAUUCAUCAAACGAAGAAGCAGACACGCCAUUACUCGGUGAUACAACGACUUGUACUGGUGAAAUAGUGACUGCUAAACCCUGGAGAUCAUUAGAUCAAGUGACCCAGGCUUCAACGAACGAUAACGUUACUGAUAAAAAAACAUCUGCUAGAAAUUCAUUAAGAAGUUGGUUCGUUAAUUUUUUUAAUGGUAAUGGACUUAGAAGUAGUGACGUUUCAUUGAGACGUGGAGUCAUUGCUGGUUAUGAUAUACAAUCUGAGCGUGAGAGUAUCGUGUAAAUUUAUUUUAUAUUAUAUAUUAUUAUUAUUAGGUCAUAUAUAUAUAUAUAUAUAAGUAAGUAAUUAUUAUAAAUUUUUUUUUCAGUAAAAUUUCUAAGCGUUAAUUCGACGCUGGUUUAAUUGUUGCCAUUUAUAUUUUUGUUCAUUUUAUUAAAUUUAAUUAAAUAUUAAUUAAUUAAUUAAUUAAUUAAUUAUUAAAAUAGAUAUAGAUUUUAAGUACGUGCAAUUUAUAUAUAUGAAAGUUACCGACAAGUGUAUAUUUUUUAGAUAUUUUCUAAUUUGUACCGUAAAAAAAAAUAAAAAAAAAAAAAUAUAUAUAUAUAUAUAUAGUAAUAAAAUAACAGUAAUAACAAAAUGUUUAUUUAGAUAUUUAGAUUUUUAAUUAAUUAAUUUAUCAAUUGAUUAAUAAUUUUUUUUUCGCGGCCUAAUGAGAGCGAAAUUAAAUAUUUUUUGACGAAGUUCGUCGCAACCAAAGUUUAAAAAUUGACAAAUGAGAUAAUUAUUUGUUGUUUAUUACUUUGACAGAUUAAUUAUAAUUAAUUGAUUGUUGUGUAAUCUAUUAGUUGCAUAAUUAUGUAAUUGUAUGAGUAUAUAAAUUUUUUUUUGUUCACUGAAGGAAAGCAAAUUAUCUGUAUGGCUGUGAAAAGUGAACUGGAUUGUACCUAAGGUGCUAGCAUAAGAAAAAAUAUAUAUCAGCAAUGUCAAAUGUAUAUAACUGAAUAAUAAUAAUUAUAAUAUAAUAAUAUUGAUAAUAAUAAUAAUUAAUCGUUAUAAAUAAAUAAAUAAAUAAAUAAAUAUUAAUAAUUAUGCCAAUAACUGAUAAUAUAUGUAAAAAAAAAUGAUAAAUGUAUAAAUUAAAAAUAAAUAAAAAUAUUAAAUAUGCAGACGCUACGGUUAUAUAUUGUAAUUAAUAUGUAAUGUGUAUUAUAAAUGUACACUACGAUUUAUUGACAUAUUCUUCUUGUAAUAAAAACCAGUUUACCCCA